AUGGAAGAAGUUGUCCAGCUGCUUAACGAUACGAAAAACCAAAAACUGGUCAAGGAAAUUCUGAAGAAACGACAAGAUAAAGACAAGCAGAGGGUCACGGUAUCUAUAGCAGAUGUACUGCCGUGCUAUUUCUUUGACUUUAUGAUUGGCACUAGCACUGGCGGUUUGAUUGCCGUUAUGCUUGGGAGGCUGCGGAUGGGCGUCGACGACUGCAUAAAGGGCUACUGGCAGCUCAGCAACGUCAUCUUUACGGUAAAGCCCUGGCACAAGUGGCUAUUCAGUUCCACAAAGCUCGUGAAUGCCAUCAACACGGUAAUUACCAAACACUGUCACUGCCACAGUGGUACGCAACAGUGCAUUGGUCAUGAAGAGGAGUUUAGGCAGUAUGACUAUGCAGAAAAUCGAAAAGAUGGAGAAGAUGGAGAACCAGUGGAUCCCCCCCGUAUAAAUGGCACUUGCAAGGUCCACCAUGCGCGGUACCCAGAAGGCGAAGCACUGCUCGAGCUCAAUCCCAAGUCCCUUCACAAAGCCAAGGCCAAAAUAUGGGAAGUCUGCCGGGCAACCACAGCCGCACCUUUUUAUUUCAGAAAGAUCCGAAUAGAGAAGCACAAGCACAUGGAUGGUGGCGUCGGAAAUAACAACCCGGCCGACCUUGCCUGGAAUGAGGCGAUCCAGAUGUAUAGCCCGGACGACCCCAAGCAUGGCAAGGCGUCGCUUCUGCUCAGCCUGGGCACGGGCCAGUCCAAAGUUGAGAGCCGUUUUGGCAAGUCUAUCCUGUCCCUAAUGUUCUGGGCAAAGAACGGGAUCACAGAGACGGAAGGCACUCACCUGUCCGUCACCACCACCACCAAUGCUGCUCGUGCUGCGUAUUAUCGCUUAAACGUGCCUACUGGACUGUCGGAUAUUAAACUCGGCCACUGCAAAAAGAAGGCAAGAAAGCCGUUUCUGCCAAGCUGGACCAAGUCACCGCCGGGUCCUGACCCAAAUGGCACUCCAGAGUGGUACAUUGGGCUGCGCGAAAACGCAACCGAGAAGGGAGCCGGCUCGUUCAGGCCGGACCAAUACCAUUACAGCACAUUCGAGAAACUCUUCCAGCUCACCAGAAAGUACUACGAGAAAGAAAGGUACAACAAUGAGCUUACCGUCGAAAAGGUCAUCCAGGACUGUGCCCAGAGGCUUGUCAACUGUGCCCGGCUGAGACUGGAAGCGAACCCGGAGAGGUGGACGCGGUUUGUGAGCCAUCCGGACCCAAGCCAUCCACUAUCCCUGAAGGCAGAGUCGGCAUUGCCGUAG